AUGCUGCCAAGUGCUGGUGUCCAUUACUUUCCAUGGGAGAUCAACAGCUCAGUCCCAGAGGGGGAGGCACUAAGGACGUUUGGAAGGUUAUGCUGCUAUGACCUGGCACGGUCUGAAGCCAUUCUCACCGCUCAGCACAGCUCAGCUCAGUACCAGGUUUGGGUUGACACCAAGUUCGUGGAGCCAUUCCAAGCCCAGCUGGGAUCUCGCUACAUGGUCCUGGGAGAGGCUGAACACAGGGAAGGUGAGGGUCCCAUGGUAAAGGCACGAAUAUUCACCUGCGUGGAAGGGAUGAACAUGCCCUUGCUGGAACAAGCCAUACAGGAGCAGAGGAAAUACUUCAGCGAGAGGCAGGAGCAGAAGAUGGGAAAGAACACGUCCUGA